AUGGCGACCCCCAACUCCUGGGAGGACGAUCCCGCUGCUCAGGACGAGAACCUCGCCCAGCAGGCUCAGCAGCAGCUCAAUGUGAACAACCCCGCCCCCGCGCAAGGCGGCUUCCGACCCAAUGUCGCCUCCUUCCAGCCCACUGCCCAGUCCUUCCAGCCCGGCCAGGGAUAUGGAGGAUAUGCCCCUCAGUACCAGCAACAACAAUACUACCAGCAAGGCUAUUACCCUCAGUACGCUGGUGCCCAGCAAGGCUUCAACCAGUACAACCAGGGCUAUGGUGGCGGCUACAACCAAGGUUAUGCCGGCGGUGGCUACCCUCAGUACGGCCAGCAGCAGCAGCAGCAACCACCUCAGCAACCCGCCGCCGCCCCUACGAUUGCCCAGCGACCGGCUGAUGCUCCCGCCGCAGCUCCCACUCAGCCAGCUGCCACCAAGCCCAAGGUGAUCAGCAUCAGCGCCGACUCCUCCGCACCCAAGCCCAAGGCCAAGGUGCUUUCUAUCUCUGGAUCUGGCGCUGCCACACCUGUCAAGCAGGAGGAGCCUGCCAAGGCUGAGCCCAGCAACGAACCCGAGGCUGGCCAGAAGGCCACAGCCACCAAGGCUAUCGAGAAGACCGGCGAGAAGGCUGGCAAGGCUGCUUCCGGUGGUAAGACCUCUGGAAAGACAUCCCCCAGCCCUGCCUCUGGCCGCAACAGCCCUUCGGCCGGCGAGAAGAAGGCAGCCCGCGAGGUUGACGCCGUCGAGAAGGAGCAGGCUGCCGAUGUCGACCAGGAGACUCUCAAGGAAAUCUACGGCAAGGAGCACGUCAACAUCAUCUUUAUGGGCCAUGUCGACGCCGGAAAGUCGACUCUCGGUGGAUCCAUCCUCUAUGCCACUGGCAUGGUCGAUGAGCGAACUAUGGAAAAGUACAAGAGGGAGGCCAAGGACCUUGGUCGCGAGUCUUGGUACCUGUCCUGGGUCAUGGAUCUGAACAAGGAGGAACGAACACAAGGAAAGACCAUUGAGGUUGGACGUGGCUUCUUUGAGACGGAGAAGCGCCGAUACAGCAUUCUGGAUGCCCCUGGCCACAAGAUGUACGUGCCCAACAUGAUUGGCGGUGCUUCCCAGGCCGAUGUUGGUAUUCUGGUCAUCUCUGCCCGAAAGGGCGAGUACGAGACUGGUUUCGAGCGUGGUGGACAGACCCGUGAGCAUGCCAUGCUUGCCAAGACUCAGGGUGUCAACAAGCUCAUCGUGGCCGUCAACAAGAUGGACGAUCCUACCGUCGAGUGGUCUCAGGAGCGAUACAACGAGUGCACAACCAAGCUGUCCCAGUUCCUCAAGGGUACCGGUUACAACCUCAAGAAUGACGUCUACUUCCUGCCCAUCGCCGCCCAGCAGACCCUCGGUAUCAAGAACCGCAUCCCCAAGGAUGUGGCUCCUUGGUGGGAGGGCCCCUCGCUCCUCGAGUAUCUGGAUAGCAUGAAGGCCCUUGAGCGCAAGUUGAACGCCCCCUUCAUGUUGCCCGUCAACGGCAAGUACCGUGACCUGGGUACCAUGGUUGAGGGUAAGAUUGAAGCUGGUGUGGUGAAGAAGGGCAUGAGCAUGAUCAUGAUGCCCAACAAGCAGAACGUCGAAGCCGCUGCUGUCUAUGGCGAGCAGGAAGAAGAAGUGCAGCUGGCCCAGUGUGGUGACCAGGUGCGGAUAAGGCUCAAGGGCAUCGAGGAGGACGACAUCCUGCCUGGCUUUGUGCUGUGCUCGCCCAAGCGACUUGUGCAUACUGUGGCUGAAUUCGAGGCGCAGAUCCGCAUCCUGGAGCUCAAGAGCAUCCUCACAGCCGGCUUCAACUGCGUGCUGCACGUCCACUCGGCCAUCGAGGAGGUGACGUUUGCGGCUCUUCUGCACAAGCUACAAAAGGGAACAAACCGCAAGAGCAAGAACCCACCCACCCACGCCAAGAGAGGCGACAGCAUCAUUGCGCGCAUGCAGGUGAUUGGCGGAGCAGGCGCCGUGUGCGUGGAGAGGUUCGAGGACUAUCCCCAGAUGGGUCGCUUCACCUUGCGAGACCAGGGACAAACCAUUGCCAUUGGCAAGAUCACCAAGCUCGUCUUUAACGAUGCCUAA